AGAGUCGUCGACUUCAUCUUCGACAUCAACAAAAAAGGAGAAGAUACGACCUGUAUCUUCACCAAGCAUGGCGGCUGGAGCUGCGUCUACAAGGUCUGUAGGUGAAAGGCUCCAAAAGAAGGUCGUGGAACAAGGAGAUGACCUUCCAGAAGGACCAGCAGCGACGUGGGCCUUCAAUACAAAGAAACGUUUAUUCACCUCGUUGGCACGACUCGGAGCAAGUAAAGAGACAACUUCAUCGAGGAAUUUUUCUACAUCUUCCUCGUCUGCAAAGUGCUCUUUUUCUGGAAGUUCCACGACCCCUACAACCUGUCGCAUUUUAUAUUAUGCCGAUGGACCUUCUGAAGAGCCUUGUGUGUUAUUUGAAGGAUCUUCAUUUUCAGAAUGUCUAUCAGAGGCUGGAAUUCGUGAAAUUUAUCGCAAGUUCACUCUACACCAUAGUGCUGGGGACUUCCUUGGCCUCUUGAAAAUUCGGAAAUGAGAGGACAUUGAAGUUGUACAACUACAUGAUGGCUUGUUGUGAUAAUAGAUUGGGGACCCAAAUUCGAAUGCUGUUCUCCUGCUUGAAGAUCUUCGUGGCAUCUAUUGAAUCCCCCGCUUCUUCUCGACGUGUAGUGUCUACUCGACUUUGAUAAUGAACGCGCUGAGAAGAUGAAAAAGACCCAGCCAACACGUGAGAAUCGCAGUCAGAAUAGGUCCUUUUCGUUUGAUCCUUUUCGUGUGCCUGACACAGUAAAUCUAUAAGUGUUGCAGUAAAUCUAAGUGUAUAUUUUAGGACGGCAUCUAUUGAACCCCCCCCACCUCUUCUCGACGAAGUGGGCUUUAUUAUCCGGAGGUCAACACGUGAUAAUGGUGAUGGAUGUGACGUCGACAGGUCGUAACAAGCGUCAUCCUGGUGUGGAAAUAUUGUCGUGGGGAGGUGGCAACACAGGACGAGAACUACAAGUGACUCUCGUACCACGACCACAAGUGUUAUAUGUGACUGUCAGUUUCUUUAGUAGAACGAAGCAACGG